AGUUGCAGUGUGUGCUCUGUGCUGAGGGGACAGGGCAGAGCUGCGCUGAGUGGGGCUGAACUAGUCCAGAGGAGUGUUAAGUAGAAAGAGAGGCAGCUAGAAAAACAGAGUGAAAGGGGGAAGAGACAGAGAGUCACUGCAGAUUGUGCUUAGCAAGCAGAUUUGAUUAACAGCUGAAACAAACUGGACCUGUUUUUCUUUCUUUAGCUAAAAGGAAGAGACUCAGCGAUAACGUGGAUGGCUGUUUAGACAGAGCUCCAUGCUGGUUAGGGAGCAAGACAGAAAACUAUGGCAAUCAUAUUCAAACCUUCACACCGCUCUUAGGAUUUAGUAUGGUGGAGCUGGUGUCAUAGUUGGGCUUAGUUCGGAUAACUUUACCUUGGACUUACUUGUGAAGAAAGUUCACUUGCAGUGACAUUGAACCAUAACCCCUGACUCUGCUUUGCAGGUUCUUUUUCCCCUGGAGGUGGACUCUAAUUCUGGCUUUUGACCCCUGGAACGGGGAAGGGUUUUUGAUUUGGCUUGGGGACGAGAGCUUCUGAGAACCAAUUUGGACUGACCCUCAACCUUUUAUUUGUAGUCACAGGACAACAGGAACAUUUCUUCUCCCAGUAUUUCUUUUUACGCAGCCAGAUUUGAGACUCGUGCACCUCACAGGCUGGAGGUGUGUAUUUAAAGGAUCUCUCUGGCUUCUCUUGCCCCAGGACCAUGGGCUCUCUCUGGGGCAGCAUUGUGCUGCUUUGUGGGGUCAUAGUUCUCAGGACAGAGGGUAACGGAGCUCAACAGACCAAGAAUAACAUCCCCCGGCUAAAACUCUCCUAUAAAGAUAUGUUGGAAUCCAACAACUUAGUGACAUUUGAAGGUCUGGCCAACAGUUCAGCUUACCACACCUUCCUGUUGGAUGAGGAGAAAGGAAGGCUUGUGGUGGGAGCCAAGGACCACAUCUUCUCCUUCAACCUCCUUAACAUCAGCAAAGACUAUGCACAGAUCCCUUGGACGGCUUCUUCCACCAGAAGGGAUGAAUGCAAGUGGGCAGGAAAAGAUCUGUCGAGGGAGUGCUCAAACUUCAUCAAGGUGUUGCAGCCAUUCAACCAAACACACUUUUAUGUAUGUGGGACAGGAGCCUUCCAUCCUGUGUGUGCUUACCUGGAGGUGGGCAAAAAACCAGAGGAUAACGUGUUCCGACUGGAGCCUCACGUAGAAAAUGGUCGUGGAAAGAGUCCCUAUGAUCCCAAGUUACUCACUGCAUCCAUGCUUAUUGAUGGGGAGCUUUAUGCUGGAACAUCAGCUGACUUUAUGGGGCGGGACUUUGCCAUCUUUCGCACUCUUGGCAAGCAUCAUCCCAUAAGGACAGAGCAGCAUGACUCCAGAUGGCUGAAUGACCCCAGAUUUGUGGGAGUUCACUUGAUUCCCGAGAGUGACAACCCAGAAGACGACAAAAUCUACCUGUUCUUUAGAGAAAAUGCUAUGGAUGGAGAGCAUGCUGGGAAGGCCACGCAUGCUCGCAUAGGACAGCUCUGCAAAAAUGACCUGGGAGGGCACAGGAGCCUGGUAAAUAAGUGGACCACCUUCUUGAAGGCUCGACUUAUUUGUUCUGUUCCUGGCAGCAAUGGAAUAGACACACAUUUUGAUGAACUACAGGAUGUUUUCAUCAUGAGCACAAAGGAUCCCAAGAGCCCAAUCAUCUAUGCAGUGUUCACCACUUCCAGCAACAUCUUUAAAGGUUCGGCUGUGUGUAUGUACAGCAUGACAGACAUCAGGAGAGUGUUCUUGGGUCCUUAUGCUCAUAGAGAUGGACCCAACUAUCAGUGGGUGCCCUUCCAGGGACGUGUUCCCUACCCACGCCCUGGAACAUGCCCAAGCAAGACAUUUGGAGGAUUUGACACAACGAAAGACCUUCCUGAUGAAGUUGUAACCUUUGCCCGGAGCCACCCAGCCAUGUUCAACCCUGUAUAUCCCAUUAACCAUCGACCAAUUAUAGUCAAAACGGAUGUGGACUAUCAGUUCACACAGAUAGUGGUGGAUAAAGUAGAAGCAGAAGAUGGACUUUAUGAUGUUAUGUUCAUAGGCACAGACAUGGGGACAAUUCUGAAGGUGGUAUCCAUCCCCAGAGGUUCUUGGCAUGACUUGGAGGAAGUCCUUCUGGAGGAAAUGACCGUCUUCAGAGAGCCAACAGCCAUUACAGCAAUGGAGCUUUCAACAAAACAGCAACAACUUUACCUUGGCUCAGACAUUGGUGUGUCCCAGAUGCCUUUGCAUAGAUGUGAGGUUUAUGGAAAGGCCUGCGCUGAAUGCUGUCUUGCCAGGGAUCCUUACUGUGCAUGGGAUGGCACCGAGUGCUCCAGAUACUUCCCCAUGGCUAAGAGGAGAACAAGGAGACAAGACAUCAGGAAUGGAGAUCCGCUGACACAGUGCUCAGACCUGCAGCAUCACGAUGAACUAAACGGACAGACAACUCUGCAGGAUAAAACUGUGUAUGGUGUGGAGAACAGCAGUACUUUCCUUGAGUGCAGUCCAAAGUCCCAGCGAGCGCUGACAUACUGGCAGUAUCAGCGCUCCACUGAUGACCGCAAGCAAGAGAUCAAAUCAGAGGAUCGUUUCAUCCGCACAGACCAGGGCCUGCUGAUUCGCACACUUAACAAGAAGGAUUCUGGGAUCUAUCUGUGCCAAGCAGUCGAGCACGGCUUCAUGCAGACACUUCUGAAGGUGACUCUAGAGGUGAUUGACACCGAGCGCCUGGAGGAUUUGCUACAUCGUAACGAAGAAGCUGCCAGCAGCGCCCCCAUCCAGGACCUUCCCCCAGCUCGAGAGACUCCAAAUCAAAAGCUGUGGUACCGAGAUUUCCUGUCUUUGGUUAAUCAUCCGACUCUGAACAGCGUGGACGAGUUCUGUGAGCAGAUUUGGAAAAGGGAGAAGAAGCACAAGAGGCAGAAAGCUCACCUGGUGCAGCAGGUACAGACACAGCAGCAGCAGCAGCAGCAGAAGGCGAUAGUGAACCCUCACAGCCACAUGCAUGCUCAAGGGCUGGCAGCCAAGUGGAAACAUCUGCAAGAGAGGCAGAAGGGGCGCAACCGCAGGACCCAUGAACUAGAGAGGGCCCCCCGCAGUGUCUGACCUAUAACCCUGGACCUUUUACACCUAACCCUAAAACAGCACUCAGUUCCCAUUCUUUAAUUGUGAUUAACUCAACCAGUUUUCUCCUUCAUGCUUCUACAAUGACUGGAAAGAAAAGUUAAACUGACAUAAGAUCUUGUGGUUAAUGUGUCACCUGCGUGGGCAGCCAUGUUUACAGUACACCACUGCAGAGGACAGCAGGAAACAGGAUGUCCUAUCACACCAGACAUUUGGAGCAUAUUAUCUCAGCUGGCCUUUGUGGCCUGAACACUGCAAAGGGACAGAGUCACCCAGCAUAAGAACUAGAUACGUACAGUAUACCAGCCUUGUAGAUGUGACUGACUCCAUGUUGAGAUGACUGUGUCAAUGGCAUUGUCUCAUGGCAUGCUAGUUAGGUGUCUUUGUUAGUGUGCAACAAAGUAGAUACCUGAAAAAAUAAUUUGUUUGUUUUUGAUACACAAAUAUAAAAGAAGAGGAAGUGGGAUUGUAUUAAAACCACCUGAAGAGCAAAUGGACUUGCAGUGGAACUACAAGCACAAGAUAAGCUGUUGGAAAGCACAAGAUGGGAUGUAUAUGGAGUUGUAGAUGGUUAAAACAAUGAAAUAGGACAGAAAAAUGCCCAAGCACUGCAAGAAACUGGGAGCAAUGUUCACUAUUUGUCGAAAAUAUAUAACUGUGUAGCUAAAAUGUGUAAAUACUGUACUCUUCUCAUACUAAAGGGAAUGGCUUGCAGUUGUCUUGUUGCUUUAUGUUGCUUCUCCUGAUAGAGAUUUAUUUAAGAAAGUUUUCUCGAAAGCAGUUGUGAACAGGGAUACUGUGUACUAGUCUUUAUCUCUACACCCUAAACUUUCCAAAAGAAAAGUUUUAUUAUGUUUUAUUUAUCUUUUCUUUUUUUUUGCAUCAUCAAAUUCCUUUCAGCAGUCAUAAAGUUAUCAUCUUUGUAGACUUUGUUGCCAGCUGCAUCAUGCCAGUGCUUAAAUAUGUCCAACGAAGUUCUUCCAUGUUGUUUGUAUUUAUUGAUAUACAAUAAUGUACAUUCUGGAGAUAUUUUUUUUUCAGUGUGCAGGUUUUUGUUUCCUUGCAGUAUAUCAUUUGGUUUGAUUCAAUGGAUUUACAGGACCAAUCCAAAUAACUGUAUUAUCACAGAUACUGUAAGACUGGAAGCUAUUUAUCAAUAUUGUUUAAUUAUUACCUUAUCACAUAUCAAAUACUGAGCAGUUACUCGGUAUCCAUACUGUAUUUUUCUUCCGUAUUUAGGCUGCAUAUACAUUUUCUUCACAGACAGAGCAGUGUGAUAACUUGAUUUCACUGCAUGUAAUAGAAAAACAGAUAUAACAAUCCACUAUAAUCCAAUGCACAAGAAUACACCCACAAACCUGGAAUGUAGCUGUGAACAUUUUGUAAAUAGAAAUACUAUGAUCUAUGUUCGACAAGUAUGACACUGUGUACUAGUGCAUGUGAAUACUAUUGUAGUGUUCCUGUUUUGCUAUAGCAAUGAUAUUCUAGUCUGAUGUUGUUCACUGUUAUUCUGUUGUUUGCUUAUACAGUACACAAUAUUAAUGAUUUCGAAGAUGUAAAUACUAUUUCUAUUAGGUAUUCAGAAAUUAUACAAACAGGAUCUAAAUAAGGUCUCAGUGGAUGUCAAAGUCCACACACCAGUUAACAAAAAUGAACAAUGUCACUGAGCAUUGCAACACAUCAGUAUGUAACAUGACUUUGUCUUUUGAGUGUUUGACAGCUUCAUCUAUUUUUAAAAGUCAGGUUGAAGGAAGAUGAGAAACAGCUGGAGCCAACGUUGAGAAAGUGAUUUUAAGCCAAGGAGUGAUGUUGGAUGCCAGAUAUGUGAAACUUUCAAUAGAGAAGGGCAUACGAUACGAUCAUCAUUAUAAAGACAAAAUAUAGUGCCUCACUGCAUCUGUCUUAGACAUAUAGUGAAAGUGAGGAAAUGAACUGCUGCUGCUGGGUUUUUGGCAUGAUGCUGAUGGUGAUGUACUCUACUGAUCUAAUAAAUGUCUCUUCAUAA